GACUACAACUUCCAGCUGCUCGCUGCGGCGCACGCGCAUCAGCGGCGCGCUUCCCCCCCGCCCCGCGGCCUAACUCCGAGCGAGCGGCGGCAAGAUGGCGCUCACCAGUUUUUUGCCAGCUCCAACCCAGCUGUCCCAAGACCAGCUAGAGCUAGAAGAAAGAGCGAGGGCUCAGAGAUCCAGGCAGACUGCUCUGGUCUCAUCACGAAGGGAGCCUCCCCCGUACGGCUACCGGAAAGGAUGGAUUCCGCGGACGCUAGAGGAUUUUGGAGAUGGAGGUGCUUUUCCAGAAAUUCACGUGGCCCAAUAUCCAUUGGAUAUGGGGCGAAAGAAAAAAAUGUCCAAUGCUUUGGCUGUUCAGGUGGAUGCAGAAGGAAAAAUAAAAUACGACGCAAUUGCUCGACAAGGACAAUCAAAGGACAAGAUUAUUUACAGCAAAUACACGGAUCUUGUGCCAAAAGAAGUCAUGAAUGUGGAUGAUCCUGAACUGCAAAGACCAGAUGAGGAGACAAUUAGAGAGAUAACAGAGAAGACGAGAGCAGCCUUGGAGAAGUCAGUGUCCCAGAAAAUUGCGGCCGCUAUGCCAGUUCGAGCGGCAGACAAACUGGCUCCUGCGCAGUACAUACGGUACACUCCGUCUCAGCAAGGUGUUGCCUUCAACUCUGGAGCUAAACAGAGAGUUAUUCGGAUGGUGGAAAUGCAGAAAGACCCCAUGGAACCUCCAAGAUUCAAAAUUAAUAAGAAGAUUCCACGUGGACCACCUUCUCCUCCAGCACCUGUGAUGCACUCUCCUAGUAGAAAGAUGACUGUGAAAGAGCAACAAGAGUGGAAAAUUCCUCCAUGCAUUUCAAACUGGAAAAAUGCAAAGGGUUACACCAUCCCAUUAGACAAGCGUCUGGCUGCAGAUGGAAGAGGACUGCAGACUGUUCACAUUAAUGAAAACUUUGCCAAGCUUGCUGAGGCUCUCUAUAUAGCUGACAGAAAGGCUCGUGAGGCUGUGGAGAUGCGUGCCCAGGUGGAGAGGAAAAUGGCUCAGAAAGAAAAAGAGAAACAUGAGGAAAAGCUCCGAGAAAUGGCCCAGAAAGCAAGAGAAAGAAGAGCAGGGAUCAAAACCCACGUUGAAAAAGAGGAUGGAGAAGCUAGAGAAAGAGAUGAAAUAAGACAUGACCGGCGCAAAGAGAGACAGCACGACAGAAAUCUCUCCAGGGCAGCUCCUGAUAAAAGGUCAAAGCUGCAGAGAAAUGAAAACAGAGAUAUCAGUGAAGUUAUUGCACUAGGUGUACCCAACCCCAGGCCAUCUAAUGAAGUCCAGUAUGACCAGAGGCUGUUCAACCAGAGCAAGGGCAUGGACAGUGGCUUUGCUGGAGGAGAGGACGAGAUUUAUAAUGUUUAUGACCAGCCUUGGAGAAGUGGCAAAGAUAUGGCUCAAAACAUCUACAGACCAAGUAAAAAUGUUGAUAAGGAUAUGUAUGGUGAUGAUCUAGAGACUCGAAUUAAGACCAAUAGGUUUGUUCCUGACAAAGAAUUUUCUAACUCCGAUCGUAACACCAGAGGAAGAGGCAGGGACGGACCAGUUCAAUUUGAGGAGGAUCCUUUUGGUUUGGACAAGUUUCUGGAAGAAGCCAAGCAACAUGGUGGUUCUAAACGGCCAUCUGAUAGCAGCCGCCCUAAAGAACAUGAGCAUGAGAGCAAAAAGAGGAGGAAGGAGUGAGUGCCUCUGUACCUUGAGUAGCAAA